UCGAUGGAGGGACGCAAAAUUUUAUGUUGGUUUCUCGCAUGGGUUCAACCACGUUACGCUCGCAUCUAUUAUUUAUCGGAGAUGCGUACGAUUGUGUUACGAUCGAUACCGGCGAUCACGAUUCGAAAUCGGUACGUUCUCUUCCGCUCUACUAAAGCGCGGGAAAGAGAGAAAGGAAAGAGAAGCCAAACUACGAGAAGAGAGUUGCGAAUGAUCCGGGAGCCAGUAGUAGUACGUGAUCUAGAAUAGUGAGAUCUCGCUAAAUGCGAAUUACGUCCGACGGAGCAGGUAAAGGAAAUAGGCGAAGGAAGGGAGCGGAAGAUGCGUGAAGGCGUCAUCCGCGCCGAUGCGAUGAUGGAACCUCGCUCUCGCAAGCCAACCGCGCCGUAACGCUCUGAAACGCGUCAGAGAAACAAGAAUUAAACGAAUCGUCGAAGAGACCGGCAUCUAAGUGAACGAAAAAUUACCGUCUAAUGCACAGCAAGAGCAGAGAACGGCAGCCAUCGUGCCCGAUGCUCUCCUUGCUUUUUUCUUGGUACAAUCACCGACCCUCAAGUAGAUCUAUAUAAAUGGGAAUUGCAAGCACUUACGCUGCAGCACUCGGACCUCCGCCGUAGGUUCCGCAGCUUCACGAUAUACGCACGCGACGUUCCCUUAGUUUUGCCGCGCGGUGGUUUAACGACGCAAAAAGCGCAGGGAUAAAGGCCCGCCGCGAUUUCGACGGAGCCAAAUCGUUUUGUUCGUCGUGACACGCUCGUUUCCACGACGAAACGAUGCUUUGGAUAGACAGCGUACCGGGAAUCGAUCGCCGACGUCUGCACAUCUGUCUGACGUUGGCAAUCUGCGGAUUUUUCAUCGUCGAUACGAUCGACGCCGCCACGAACGAAAGUAAGGACACAUGGACCGGAUUCUCGACGUCAUGCACGUCCGAGGAUUCGAAGAACGCGUCGGUUUCUUGUCACGGAGUGCGAAUUGUACGGAAGAUUGUACAACAGCUACUGGAGACCACCAGUAAGGAACGGGACAUACAGCUCUUCGACGGAAUAUCUUUGGUCGAGAUACCUGGCUCUUCCCGAAAGGCUAGAGUUUUGAAGGGCUUUGGAGGUCUCGGACCCUUUUUACAGUUUCUGGAAGGCAGAGAACUGAGAGUCAAGCUGCCGUCUUUACUCCCACCGAAUAUUGAAACCGCUUUGAAGGAGAGUUUGCCUUCCGAAGCAGAAGCGAGAAAGAGUGGCGAUGGCGGUUUUGGCGGCGGCGGCGGCGGCGGUGGCGGUUUUGGCGGCGGCAAAGGUGGCAAGAAGGGCGGUGGCGGUGGACUCCUUUUAAUGAUGCUUAUGAUGGGUAAGAUGAUGGCUGCUAUGGGUUUCGGCGCAUUGGGUCUCCUAGCCAUGAAGGCGUUGAUGGUUUCGGCAAUGGCUUUGAUGCUGUCACUGAUUGUAGCCGUGAAGAAACUAGCGAGUGGUGGCGAUGAUCACGGCGGCGGUCACCAUGUCGUUUACGCGCAGGAAGUUGGUCAUCACCAUCGCAAGAAGAGAUCAGUCGAAGACAUUGACUUCACACAGUUGCCUUAUAGAGGAUAUACUCAUCUUUACGCUAACUUGGGACCGUCUUGAUGCUUUUAAUCGUUAAUUGCACCAACCUCGAGAUUGAAUUGGUUCUCCAGCUUCUCAACUCUCUUAUCGCUACUAAAGCGAACUUCUCAGAUAGAUACGACUAGAUACGACUACGUUGACAACAGCACAUUGACAUUACGCUCACGUAAUUUACAUUUCAGUCACAUCAUCAUUAUUCUCUUAUUCAUCAUCACAUUCAUUUAACGCAACGUCCAUCCUUUUCACAACGUGGCUUUCGUUUCUUUAUAGUUUAUAAAACUGCAAACGUCAGUUGCGGUAGGAGGGUUAAUAGGCGCUGGGAAAUAACUGAAGACGUGACGCGACGCAAGAUCAGUGACAGUGACAUUGACGAAACGACAAUGACUGAUUGACAGCUACGGUAGAAAGUGAUAUUUAACAAAUGCUUGCUCGCGAGAAACGUGGUAACUGAUCUCCAUUGAUCUGCCACUUCGACAGGACUCUCAGUGAAAAAUUACAGACACGCACCGAAGAAACCAAAGUAUGUUGUUCGAUUUUUUUAUUUAUUUAUUUAUUUUUUUUUUUACCCACGUAUUUAUUGUUGUGCAACACAUGUUAAUAAAGCAUACGUGUUUGGA